AUGUCGAUAGACCCAUAUCACGCUGUACAGCAGGAGAUUCAGGCAUCUCUGCAGACAGCGUCGACGCUGCGUGCAUCAUAUCUCCGAAUUCGCAGCACCGCCCGGGAUGACAGUGAGGAGCUGGUCUGGGCGAGAAAUGAACUCAAGGCAACUCUCGCAGCCUUAGAUGCCGACCUUGAAGAUCUAGAGGAAAGCGUCAGGGUCGUGGAGUCGACGGGUGCCCGAAUGUUCGGACUCGAAGAAGCAGAAGUGAUGGACAGGAGGCGUUACGUUGGCCACGUACGGCAUGAAAUAGAGACUAUGAGAACCGAAGUGGACUCGGAUGCUUCCGAGAGUCGACCGCGUCCGCGGUCACAAAUAGGUGUACCAUCCGGUCUGUCGUAUACUGGCAGCCGCCCAGUCACACCGUUGAAUGGCGAUGAUCAGGCCGAGUGGGCGCAGCAAGAGCAGGAGAUGAUCAUCCGGCAACAAGAUCAGACUAUUGAUUCUAUAGCCGGGACCCUGACUACAAUCGCCGAACAGGCUGGGCUCAUGGGCCGCGAGAUUGAGGAGCACAAUGAAAUGCUCGACGACGUCGAGAGGGGCGUAGACCGGUCAGAUGCCAAACUCGGCGCCGCAAUGCAGAAAAUGAGGAAAUUCAUCCGCCAGACGGAAGAAACGAAGUCAGGAUGGUGCAUUGUGAUACUCAUCAUUAUCCUCAUGGCGCUUCUUCUGGCGGUGAUUUUGGUGUAA